AUGCAACUCGGAAUGAUAGUCGCCCCUCACGGCCCGUCCACGGCAGUAGAAAUACACAUGAGACACGCUCCGCUAACCAAUGCAGCUCGUCGGAGGGAAUGCCAGCUAGAAUCAUGCGAGCUGCAGGGCGAACAGGAACUGGAACCAUUAGCGACUGCGCAUGACGUCGUGCAAUGCAUGUCCAUUGUCCUUCGGCGGGAUGGGAAUGCUGAGCAUCACGAUGGCGGCCUCGCUCCAUCGCUGAUUGCCAAGGAAAAGAAAGAAGCCGCUGCGCGAAUUGACCCGAGGUCGAAAGCGUCUGUCGAAAAGGGUGAGCGAGAUCUUCCCGCCUGCAUCUCACCUGUAUCAGGUCAGCACAAACGGGCCAGCCAGCCAGCAGCCCACGCGCGCGGGCCAAAGCAGCGAGCAAGCAUGUCAGCACAGAACUGCAAUAGGCCGCGCGUUGACUCGAACUCGACCUCGACUGAUGACUGUGCCCGUUUGCUCCUCCCACUCCGCCGAAAGACGCCGCCGCCGCCCGCCGUGACCGGCGACAAUGAGAGGUCGGCCAAGGAACAAACAGAUGCUCGAGGGCCCUUGUCUAUUCUAUCGAAGCUCGUCUGUCUGGGCAAUACUAAUCUCACGUAUCUGGAUAAUCGUGGUGGGGCGCCUGCCCGCUCGCCGGCUUCUGCUGCUACUGCUGCUUGUUAUGCACGUCUUGCUUCACUCGUGCAUAGCUUAUCCAACCUCACCUGA